GCAACCUUCGGGAUGCGCUGCUUCCCCGCCGCCGUUGACGCCAUGUUGCCGGUGGCUUCGACCGAGAACCGUCUCACAACUUUUGACAGAAAACACCAACACCGGGAGCAGGUUUCUCUGGACACACCGCCAAACGUUUUUUGUGUCACCAGCAGACAGCCGCCAUGACAAUACCCACAAUGCCGCGCGGUAUCAAAGUAUCGCGAGAGGAUUCUCAGCCGAGCGGUUGUCCUGGCAACGUAUUAAACGGAAAGCAACUGAACAAGUUUAGAGAGGAAAACGAGAAAAAACUGAGGUUUAAAACACCGAGGAGAGAGAGAGCGUUCAGAGACAAUCAGUCAUUUAACUUUUUAUUUUCCCCAAUGUCUUAUAAUCUCACGAGAGGCGGGAAAAUGAUUCUUUCGGCCAUGAAACGGGAAGAACUGAUCAUUAGAAGGAGUCAGUCAGAGGAUGCUCAGUGGAUCAAUACGCUGAUCGGGUCCGCAGAAGAGGCGGUGUUUGGACGGAUCGAUGUCAUCAAUCUGCUAGAUAGGGCAAGCCUGGCCGUGACUGUGUCCAGCAGGGAGGACGUCCUCCUGGCUCACGCCUCCUUCUACGACUAUCCAGCUGCAGACGUGGUUGAUCCUGGAAGCUGGGAAGGCUUCCUUCACACACACUUCAGGGCUAACAGAUGCACAGCUGUGAACUCCCUCUUCCUGCGUCUGUUUGUGUCUGAGUUCGGCGCGGCUGCAGCCAGCAUGGAGGAGAUAUUAAGGACCGUCUUCAGAAACACAGAGGAGCUCGAACACAUCCUCCUGCUCUGCCCAGGCAGCUGUUCUUUAGAACGGGUCCUGGAGAAGUUUGCGCCGCUGCAGCGUGUGAGCUACCCCGGGCCUCCGUGUUCAGGUUUUAUCUGCAGCAGAGAGGAUCACUGUCAGCGGCUGCAUGUACGCAGAGCCAGGGCUGCGGAUUAUGAUGACAUCAUGCUGAUGGUCAGACGGCAGGAGACGGAGCUGCCGGCACUGAUGGACUUGAUACAGAACCAGAACUGCCAUGCUACUCUUCUGGAGGACGAAGGACGCGUCGUGGGCUUCAUCACAGUUACCUCUACGCUUCAUGAGGAGCUUCUGCUGGACAACUUUGACCUCAGCCAGUUUGAAGGUUUCUACAGUGAAGAACAGCAGAGGGAAGAAGAGCAGAAUCAGAACCAUCAGAACCAGCGUCCCACCUGCCUGGAUCCCACCGGGCCAAACUGCUUCUGCAUUCAGCAGUUUAUAGCUGAGAGGGAAUUCCAGAGCAGAUCAGCCGACUGUUUCCCGUAUUUGUUCCAGCUGUUCCCUGACCUGGAUUAUUGUUUGAUCGCCACUCCAUCUGCAGGUCCAGAGUUCCCCUGGUUACAGAACUUUGCCCUGGUGCCACCGCGCCCUGGCACCUCGUUGCUCACCUGUCUCUACAUCCUCCAUAGGUCCAGAUUCAGGAGUGUUGAUGUCAGGCGAGCUGUUCCUGCAGACCGACAGCCCGUCUACGACCUGCUAAAAACUUUGAAUGUCACCGGAUCAGUUCUGGAGGACCUGGACUCUUUCUUCAGGACGCGCAGUGACCCGGAUGGAGCUUCUCUGCAGGCCUUUGUUGCCCUGCUGGGCCGUCAGGUGGUCGGAAUAAUGAUCCUCAGAGACGAGCAGGAUGUGGAGUACCUCCGAGCAAGCUACGACAUCGAUAAGCUGAUCUGUUUCAGUCGCCAUGGCUACGAGGAGCACGCUCACAUCCGCCACUUUGUCCUGAAGCCCUGCUUCUAUCACAUCACCAAGCACUGGUUCAAGAAGGUUCUGCGGAUGGCCCACAAGUCCUGCCUGUACCACCGGAUCUACUCGCCUCUGCUCACAGAGGAGACCUCCUGCUGCGUUCACCCCCUGGACUUCAUCCUGAACCGGUCGGUUCCGGUCCGGCCUCGGCAGCAGAUCAUCUACCCGCUGGAGGAGCUUGGCACUAACGCCCCGUCCCGGCGGAUCACAGAGGACCAGGCUCCGUUUGCCCUUAACCUGAUCAGCAAACAUUUCUGGAUGGAGCAGAAGGUGCGGAUCAACACCAGCGUGGUGGUGGUGGGGGCCUCAGACACGGCGCUGUCUUUACUGGAGGAGUUGUGUUUCUGCCCCCACCUGAGACUCACCAACCUCACCCUGAUUUCAACCCAUGGUUUCCCUGGAAAGUACGACCAUCAUCAAGUCGGAUUUCUGUCCACGAGCCACGCCUUCAGCAGCAGAGGCCUGGCCCAGACCCCCCUGCUCUCCUGCAUCCGUGUGAUGGAAGGAAAGAUGGUGAAGAUCAACAGAAAGUCCAAAUUCAUCCUGGUUUCUGAUGGGAAGAAGGUCCGAUAUGACUACCUGAUCCUCUGCACAGGCCUUCAGUACCAGGUCCCCUGUCCCACCGGGGUGGAUAUCACCCAGCCUGUUACAAACAGCCAGCUGGACCCCGAGGUCUUGGAGUGCAGCUUCACGGGGCCCAUCCCCUCCAACCUCUUCACCAUCAACGACCUCCAUGACGGCAUGGCCGCCCGCCGCUGGCUCCUGGACAACUUCCUGAAUAUAGAGGAUCACGCCAUCGUUUACGGGAACAGCCUGGAUGUCUACAUCACCGUACAGACGCUCCUCAGUCUGGGCAUCCCUGGACCCCGCAUCCACCUAACCCUCCCCCCCUCAGCGCCAGGCGUCUCCUACCUCCCAGACGCCUCCGUGGAGAAGGCUGUGGAGGAGUCCAUGAGGACGGCCCAGGUCCAGGUCCACCAGAACUGCAUCCUGGCUCAGAUAAACGACGGGGGGCCGCCCGACCCCAUCACAUCCGUAUCCUUCACCACCGACUCAGAGCCUCUCCAUCUGCAGUGUGGAGUCUUCAUCAACCUCUCCAAUAAAAGGGUGGACCAUGACAGCCACCAGAGCAUCACUGGUUGCUUCCUGCCCUUUCUUGACCGACUGUUGAUAACCAGCCGCUUCCUGACCUGCGACGCCUCAAUCUACGCCGCCGGGCCCCUCACCAAGUUCUACUGUAGACACUACUCAGACGAAUGGACCCACUCCAGCUUCAGCUCCAAGGAGGUGGGCCGGGACCUGGCAGCCGUGCUGCUGUGCCUGCUGGAUCCGACCCGGGCGGCGCCGCAGGAGCCCCCGUCCGAGGCAGAUCUUCUGAUCCCGCUUUACAAACAACCUAAGAUCCAAGGAGGGACUCUUCCUGGUGGACAUCACUUCCUGCAUGUGACCAAACCGUCUCCGAGCAUCCGGACGGGUCCUCCUGUCCAACGUGGUGAAGGCAUCAUGACUGGACGACCCGAGACCGGGAACUACUUCAGCCUUCAUCUGAGCCCCCUGGAGACGGGGGAGACCAUCACCUGUCUGUCCCUGAAGCCCCUCCCCGUCUCCAACUACCUGAAUCUGUUUGGGAAGCACCAGGAGCUGCUGGGCCAACUUCUGAACCGCUACCGACAGGGCCUGGUCCAGGACCUUUACAGCUUCUUCCAGCAGAGCUGCUGUUUGCCUGUUUUCCACGACAGGUUCUCCGACCUCCAUCAGAGGAUGAUGAAGAUGAUGUCACCUGAGCAGAAGGACGGUGACGUUGAGGAUGACUCACCCUGCCUUCCUCAGGCCGGUCCGAGUGACGCAGACCGACGGGCGGCUCUGAGGAGCAGCGCUCUGAAGUUCCUGCUGGAUAACAGGAACCUGCUGCCCAUGUUCUCCAUCCCAGAGCAAACCAGAUCUUUAAGAGAGAAACUGUAGGAGCCAAUCAGUGGUCAGUUCAACGUUACCAAUAAAAAGGUUAAAACAUUUAUACAUGUGUGGUUUUUAAAUGAUUCUUUU